AGCCAAGAAGAAAUUUUGGAGGGCAAUAGAGAGAGGGAGAGAGUUCCAACAUACUGUGUUACUGGUGCAACAGGCUAUAUUGGGUCUUGGUUGGUUAAGACUCUCCUUGACAGAGGCUACAAAGUUCAUGCCACUAUCAGAGAUCCUGGUGGUUGAAACUGGAAACAGAAAGCCUCAAAACACGAUAUUGGAUAUUGGCUGCGUUUCUAAACUAUGAAUAGAAUCAUUCUUGAACUUGAAUCAUUCAAUUCCUCACCGAACGUGAAAGCCUAUCUUACAAUUAUAUGUUGGGGGUCCACUCUAUCAUUCUAAUCUAUGCAAAGUCAUUAUACCUAUUAUCCUUGUGGCCGAGCUGUAACCGGUUGAGAUUGUUCCGAGCUGAUUUGCAAGAAGAAGGGAGCUUCGAUGAGGCUGUAAAAGGCUGUGAUGGUGUGUUUCACGUGGCAGCUUCCAUGAAAUUUAGUGUUCUUGCAAAUGAAGACAUAGAGACUUAUGUUCAAACAAAUAUCAUAGACGUUACAAUCAAAGGAACCUUAAACCUUCUUAAAGCCUGCUUGAAAUCGAAAUCUGUGAAAAGGGUUGUCUUCACAUCUUCCAUUAGUACUAUCACUGCCAAAGACAGCAGUGGCAAUUGGAGACCUGUUGUUGAUGAAUCUUGCCAAACUCAUGUUGAUCAUGUGUGGAAGACAAAAGCAAUCGGAUGGGUUUAUGUCCUUUCGAAGCUUCUAUCGGAGGAAGCAGCAUUUAAAUUUGCAAAUGAGAAUGGUAUUGAUCUUGUAUCAGUGAUAACAACUACCGUUGGUGGCCCAUUCCUCACUUUUGAUGUCCCAUUGAGCAUUCGAGUUCUCUUAUCACCAAUAACAGGUGACCCUGAGUUGUUUGGGAUAUUGUCUGCCGUGAACACAAGGAUGGGGUCGAUUUCUUUAGUUCACAUCAAAGAUAUAUGCAGUGCCCAUAUGUUCCUCAUGGAGCAUGUUAAAGCAGAAGGUCGAUACAUAUGCUGUGCCCAAAAUUGUAAAAUGUCCAAGUUGGUUGAGCUUCUAGCUGAGGAGUACUCCAGCUCACAUAUUAGGUCGGUGGAGAUUGAAAACGAUUUAGUACCUCCUGAAAUUUCUUCGAAGAAGCUAAGAAAUUUGGGUUUCAAUUACAAGUAUGGAGUAGAAGACAUAAUACAUCAGACAAUCACUUCCUGCCUAGAUUAUGGCUUUCUAUCUCAAAAUGUUGAGUAAUGUUUUUUGCUAUAGUUAAAAAAACUGAACUUUUGAAAUAAAAAGAUGUAACUUUAUUGUUGGUAGAAAUAAAUCAAAGAGAAAAAUCAAACGAUCAAAUUCAAGCUUGA